AUAUUACGUUAUAAUAUAUAAGGAGAAUUUAAACUGAAUUAUUACUAAUACUUGAUAGCGUAGUGGACAGAGUGAACGACUGUCACCCAUCAGCAGCGGUGUCCGACAACACUACGAAGUUCGCGAAUCCCUUUGGUAAAUGGAAAUUUUAAAUUACAAAAUUUAAUAUAAUGUUGUAGCAAAACUUUAUCUAGCAAAAAUGUAACAAAAAAAAAAAUUAAAAAUUAAUUUUUCUAUAUAUUUUUUUAAUCUUGCCCAGGCUAGCUGAUUAUUACUAGACAGUUUUUUUAAGGUCGCUAUGAGACAAUAUAUUUGUCGAAUAUCUAGAACUUCUAAGCGUUACAUUACUGAUGGACAGGGGCAAUAUAAGACUAGUAUUGGCUAGUUGAUGACUGGAUGCCGGCGAGGUUAAAUUUCCACUCGGGAUUUUGUCUGAAACGUUUUUUCACAUCUAAAGCCAAUUCUGAGAACCAGAGGGCUGGGUCAGACUUUAAAGACACCCUAUAUAACACAAAAUAAGACUUACAGUUAUGCGCUUGCGCAAUAAUAAGUUGUCUGCAACACUAUUGUAAGCGUUUACGAAAAGAACUAAAUUUGCAAUAUAUGUAGAUUGAAGUAUAUGGAAGAAUGUGCUAUUUGAACUUUCAAAUGUCAUUGUCAUUAGAUUUCCGUCAUUUCCUGUACGCCUAAAAGAUCCACGGUGCGGUCUCGCUUUGUAUAUAUAUUUGACGUGUAUCGAAGACUGUGCUAUACGAUACUGUGACUUUUAUGUUGUGUUUCUUGUGUUAAUAAAAUUUCUUGUGUGUAUUGUGUUAAUAAAAAUUAAAUUAAUUUAAUUUGGAUUUAUUGAUGUAAAUUCUCAACCGUUGUCUCUUGCAUUGCUCUUUAUUAUUUGCCCUGUUCCAACUGUAGAUUGUCUUCUAUGAAACAGAAUUUUAAGAAGAUGAUGACAAUGGAUCCAGCCAAGUCGAUCCCUGCAUUUUACACCGGACAAAGUAUACUUUUAACAGGUGCGACAGGAUUUUUGGGUAAAGUGUUUAUCGAAAAAGUAUUGCGGUCUUGUCCAGAUGUUCGUGAAAUAUUUCUGUUAAUACGUUCAAAAAAAGGAUUAAAUAUUAACGAAAGACUCGAAAAAAUUUUAAACAUGCCGUUAUUUGACAAAUUGCGCGAAGAACGACUUCUUAAUUUUAAAAAAUUAGUUCCGAUUUCUGGCGAUAUCAGAGAGAAGGGAUUAGGUUUGUCGGCAGCAGACAGACAAAUGUUGAUUGAAAGAGUGUCUAUAAUAAUACAUGGAGCGGCAAGUGUAAGAUUUAAUGACACUUUAAAAAACGCCAUAUUUGCCAAUACUAGAGCAACGAGAGAUAUUUGCAUUUUAGCUCAAAGUAUGAAAAAUUUAAGAGUAAGUAAUUUUUAUUCAAAAAAGAAAAUAACAGAGAGUGUAGAUUUGUAUUUAUGAAUAAUGUAUUGUAUCACAUGGUAUACUUUAGAUAAUGUCUUGCGCAACAAUUCAUAUGUUAAUCAUUUCUUCUAAGU